AUGUGUGUUAUCGACCAGAAGACGUACGUCCACGACGGUGGACGAGAGGAGAUUGUUGAGAAGCGCCAUUACUGUCACAAAGCCGUUGGCAGGACACUCUGUCGCCAUAUCGAGAGACGGGACCUAGGCGUCGUCAGGACCGUCGAACGCAGGCCUUCUCUGAGCCGCAACAUAGCUUCGGAGCCUGUGGUCACUACCAGCAGAGACGGUCGCGAACGCAAGAUGUAUCCACUCAGCAGCCUCAGCCGGCGACCCAGCAAGAGGACCUCAUCUGGCCAGGCCUCUGUCACAAGCACUGCCUCGCCUGUGGACAGUGCAGCCUCUUUGUCGUCUUCGAUCCCGCCAGUGUAUAAACAGGUCCGACCAGAAGCUCCUAUGCCACCGCCCACCUACAAGACAUACCCAUCCGCUCGACAGAUGACACCCAUGUCACCCAUUCCACCUCCGGACCCAAGAAGGACCGUCAGACCCGAUGGCACUGCUAGCCAUGAUCGCCCACCGUCACUGGAGAUGCCUCGAGCCACUUUCAUCGAGCGAACACCUAUCCCUCGACAGAGCUCAUGGUCCAGCACAAACGCCGAUGUCGAUCAAUUAGAGGACCUACCCCCUCGGCCCUCCAGCAGAAGAGUCUCCUUCCGCGAACGCCGUCCAAGCAUCUCCAUCGACAUCGACGCCGCUACCAACCACUACCCCUCGCGCGCCGGCGCUUCAUCGCCAGGCCUCAGCCACCUUCCCAAAAUCUCCACCACAAGCAAAGGCCACGCCCGCGUCGACUCCGUCCGCGACGAAGGAGAUCAAGCCCGACGAGAACAAGCCCGCCUCUCAGGUACCGACCACCGCCAACGCGCUCGCCUCUCCCGUGAUGCAGAGCAAGCUGUCCGUCAGCGCGCGGAAGCCCUGCAACGGGAGAGAGACGCUUCCUCUUCAUCUUCCCGUGAGCGGAGAGAACGGAACAGGCGCGAACCUCAGAAUGCUCUUGAAGGCACGCCAGUGCCACUGCCACGUCAAAGCGAUGCAAUGCAGCGCCGUAUUGACGCGGAGAUGGCACAGAUCGCACGGGAGCAGAGGGAAGCUGAGGAGCGGCGAAGGCGUGAGGCGAGUCCGAGUUCGACGUCUGGGAGGAGUUAUACGUUCCCUCCCUCCUCGCCACUUUCUGCCAGACGGUCCUCCAACUUACCGGUCGCUGUGCAUCAUUAUCGUCCUGGUAGUAGUAGUAAAGGAGGGGAUGCGAUUGCGGAGCGGGGUAAGGAGGUUAUUGAGCGGUAUGCGAGAGCGAGUGCGGAGCUGCAGCAGAUGAGUGAGGCGAUGGCGUAUAUGGAGCUGAGGGCUGAGGAGGGUGAUGAGGUUGAUGAGGAGGAGGGGUAUGAGUUGCGGUCUGGUGGGAGGGAUGAGAGGAGAGUUAGGAGGGGUGGGGAUGGGAGGGAGAGAGGGGGUGAUGGAGGGUAUUAUCAGUAA